CGAUGCUUGCGCUCAAGACUCUUUCCGGCCUUCCUCUGGACUCUGCAGCUAUGGCUCGCUUCGAAGGUCCACAAAUGCUUCUCCGCUUGCCAUCGCAUCUGCUGAGCUCGCCGAGCCGUCUGACAUCUGCCCGACGUCAUUCGCGAUUCGCAAUCCGGGAUUUCGAGGUAUAGAUAGACGACGCGCGUCAGAAACUGGCCGAAGCAUCGAAGACCUUCCUGCUUUCUGCCCCCAUCACCGAAGUCGAGUUCGACUGACCUCGAAGUCGUGCCCACUGAAUUCGAAGUCGCGUACAAUGACGUCCCAAGGCGAAGCCGCAUCCCGCGCCGAGGCUGACCGUCUCAAGCUCGAACUGCAGGAGCUGAAGGAGAAGGAGGGUAUCAAGGACACCUACGUCGGGAGCUAUCUGCUUGAGCGUCUCGUUCAGCUGGGUGUGAAGUAUAUCUUUGGCGUACCGGGUGACUUCAACCUGGGUUUCCUGGAUCUCGUCGAGGACCACCCGCAUCUGGAAUGGGUCGGCAACUGCAAUGAACUCAACGCGGCGUACGCCGCAGACGGGUACGCUCGCGUCAAAGAGCGCAGCCUAGGUGUCAUCAUCACGACGUUUGGCGUCGGAGAGCUGUCUGCCAUGAAUGGUAUCGCAGGAGCUUUCUCGGAAAUGGUGCCCGUCUUGCAUAUCGUCGGCGUGCCUAGUACUGCUCAGCAGACGGCGAAGCCGAUGCUGCAUCACACCCUCGGCGAUGGACGCUACGAUGCGUACGAGAAAGCGGCUCAGCAGUUCACUAUCGCGCAGGCGGAUCUUUUCGAUGUUCAGACGGCGGCGACUGAGAUUGACCGCGUGCUCACGAGCUGCAUCGUCAAGGCUCGCCCUGCCUAUCUCACUCUGCCCACGGAUAUCGCGUACAAGCGCAUCCCUUCGCUCCGCCUCAAGACCCCUCUGUCCAGCCUCCUGCCACCGAAUGAGGCCGCUGCGGAGGGCCAUGUUAUCGACGAGAUCGAGCGGCUAGUGAAGGCUGCUGACGGCGAGGUCGUCAUACUUGUCGACGCAUGUGCCGUCCGCCAUGACGUGCGCGCCGAGCUAGAUGAGCUGGUCAAGAAGACUGGCUUUCCGGUGUAUGCUGCUCCGAUGGGCAAGACUGCUAUCGGCGAGGACUACGAGAGAUAUGGAGGGAUCUACGUGGGCUCGCUCAGUCGACCUGCGGUCAAGGAGAAGAUCGAGUCUGCCAAGCUCAUCCUGAGCGUCGGUGCACUGAAGAGCGACUUCAACACGGGUAACUUUACCUACAGCAUUCCCACGGCGUCGACGAUUGAGCUUCAUUCGGACCACACGAAGAUCCAGUUCGCUGUCUACCAUGAUAUUGGUAUGAAGCAGCUGCUCCCCAAACUCUCGGACAAGCUUGCAUCGCUGCAUUCCCGUGCGUCAAAGCUCGAGGUCACACCCUUCAAGGCUAUCGAGCCGACGGACAACACGGAUGUGAUCACGCAUACAUGGCUGUGGCCGCGGGUCUCGAAGUUCUUCCGUCCCAAGGACGUGGUUGUCGCGGAAACUGGGACUUCGAGCUUCGGAAUUUUGGAUGUACCGCUGCCAAACUCGGCCGUCUUCGUGUCUCAGAUCCUAUGGGGAUCUAUUGGGUGGACAGUCGGUAGCACGCUGGGCGCUGCUCUUGCGGCUCGCGAGCUGAACAUGAAUAGGACAAUCCUGUUCAUUGGUGACGGUAGUCUCCAACUGACCGUUCAAGAACUCUCCCCCAUGCUCCGCUCCGGCCUCGCCCCCACCAUCUUCGUCCUUAACAACAAGGGCUACACCAUCGAGCGCUUCCUCCACGGCAAGACGCGCAAGUACAACGAUAUCGCGAACUGGAAGUGGACGAAGCUGCUCGACGUGCUCGGCGGCGACGAGGCGAAGUCGAAGUCGUACACGGUGCACACCCGGGACGAGCUGAGCAAGUUGCUGGAUGAUCCUGAGUUUGCGAAGGCGAAGGAGAUGCAGUUGGUGGAGGUGAUGAUGGAGCAGUUGGAUGCGCCGCCGGCGUUGAUGGCGCAGGCGGAGCUGAGUGCGAAGACGAAUGCGUACGUGGCGAAUGAGGGGAAGAUGGAUACGCUGGCGACGGUUUAGUGAGAUGGGAUAUGCUUCUACUCGCCAGUGUGCCAUAACAUGAAAAGUGUACUAGUACUAUAGAAAGAGACUUCGGAUGACUGUCUUGAGGCUACCCUAUGACUUGACCUGCCUCCUGUACUCGGAACGCAAUAUAGGCUCAGGCUGCGGGCGCGUCCAC